AUGUACCAACACAUUAUUAAGGAUCGAAAUGUUAAUAAAGCAAAAGCCGACGCGCACACUGUAGAAGACAAGCAAGCAGAGCAAGCAAGCAGAGCAAGCAAGCAAGCAAGCAAGCAAGCAAGCAAGCAAGCAAGCAAGCAAGCAAGCAAGCAAAAAAUGCCUCGUGUUAGUAAAUCUCCAAAAGACCCCAAUGCUCCCAAACGACCAUUAUCAACAUUCUUCUUAUUCUCACAAGAUGAACGACCAAAAAUCAAAAAAGAUAAUCCAUCAUUAUCAGUUGCUGAUAUUGCCAAACUUAUUGGCGAACGGUGGCGUUCAAUAGGUGAAGAUAAAAAACGUCAUUACGAAGAAAAAGCUCGACCAGAAAAAGAACGAGAUGAGAGNUGA